UACGGGUAACAGUGGUGUGUUAAAUUGCAGUCGCCAUUACAGCGUAGCUCCGAUCAUCGAGAAUGCGUAACCUCGCUGCACCUCGUUCCUUCCGUCUUUGCAUCAACUCACCCAUCUCUCGCGGCAAUAAGCUUCCUUCUGUUACUCUCAACCCUCUUUGGACACCUUCCAGAACAUCUCCACCGUCCAUUCAAUGCGCCGUUCAAUUCCGCCCCUGCAUCGAUAUCCACAAGGGGAAAGUGAAGCAAAUUGUGGGGUCCACCCUUCAGGAUUUGAAAGGGUCGGAUCCUGUCACCAAUUUUGAGUCUGACAAGUCGGCGGCGGAGUAUGCUGCGCUUUACAAACGAGACGGACUCACCGGCGGCCACGUCAUCAUGCUCGGUGCUGACCCUUUCAGCAAAGCUGCUGCGCUUCAAGCAUUGCAUGCUUAUCCCGGCGGUCUUCAAGUUGGAGGAGGAAUAAAUUCUGACAAUUGUUUGAGUUACAUUGAGGAAGGAGCAAGCCAUGUCAUUGUUACAUCUUAUGUAUUCAAUAAUGGACAAAUGGAUCUUGGAAGGCUAAAAGAUCUUGUUCAAAUUGUUGGAAAAGAGAGGCUUGUUUUGGAUCUCAGUUGCAGAAAAAAGGAUGGUAAAUAUGCAAUUGUCACUGAUAGAUGGCAGAAGUUCAGUGAUGUUUUUGUGGAGCCUGAUGUAAUGCAAUUUCUUGCCAACUUUGCUGAUGAGUUUCUGGUUCAUGGUGUUGAUGUUGAAGGGAAGAAGUAAGAAGCAAUUUUUAAUGUCUUAAAAUAACUGCAUAUAAGGACAAAGAUUCUAGUUAUAGAAUUAGGAGUGACAAAUCCAUAUUUGAUAAAAUACUUGCUAAUCUAUCCCGAAAGAAAUAGAAAAGUGUUCUGUAUGUAACAUGUUCUGUUUAUUUCUUGGUUUUGUCAUUGCUGCUAAAAGACAUAUUAAAGAUCUUUACAUUCUAUUCUUGCUUAGAUCUCAAUCUGACAAUCUCCAUAUACAUCCUUGUUUCAUUCCCACUUUUCCUAAUAUCUGAUAGGCUCCACUUUCAUAUGAUAAAUAUUGACAAUUAAUUUGAGAAUGAGAUUCACCUAAAUGUUUCUCGUUUUUUCGUCAUCUCAAGUUCACUGGAUUGAGUGGAAUAAUCAAAUAGUUUUUAAUAGCAUAAUUUGGAUUGUUGAUAAUAUCAAAUUUAAGCACAAAUUUUUAUUCUGUAUGAAUGCCAUCGAAAUAGUUCAGUUGAAGAUUAACUUCUGAUUUUGUGCUUAAAGAAAUUGUUUUGGAAUCAGACCUACACUAAUUAUAUCGGUAUUUAUAUUAUUAAUUAAUAGUUUUGAAAUAAACAAGUUAAAUUUGAUAAGAUAAAUUGAUGGAUUUAGAAGGGGGGAAUUUAGAGAGAAAGAGAGAACUUAGGGAUUGAAAAGGCUUUAUUAUUCAAGGGAUUGCAGUUCAUAGGUUCUGCAUAUCAUCCAUUUAUAUAGACUCCUGAUGAAUUUGGUGGAGACUAUUUCCUUGGUUAAUAUCAACGGAGUGCAACUCCCUAGAGACUAAUGCCCAUGAACGCUAAGUGCAUUAACUAUUAUUAUUUCUAACAUUCCGCGUCAAGCUAAAGCUGAUUAAGCUUUAAACUUGUCAGAGAUAAACCCUCUCCUUUUUAGUAAUAUUGUAUCCAGUAAACAUGGUUGAAAA